CUCAAAGCGGAAGCGGUGAUAACCGUCAUGGCCGCCGGUCUCGGUCUGUAGCUAAACUUUCACUUAGUUCUGGAAACACGGCGGUGAUGGCGACGUUUUUCGGGGAGGUGCUGUCGGUUUAUUCUCGGGCUGUGGAGGAAGAAGAGGAGGACGUUGACGAGGAAAACGAAGAGGAUGAAGAAAUCCGCCGAGAGCUGGAGCAGAAGAGGGAGGUUGUUCUGCACUGGAGUCCUGAAGUCUCCGAGGCGCUGAGGUCUGGAAACAAGCUGCAGUGCUCCGACUUCAUCCUGGCUGUGGGACACAACGCUGCCAGCUUCCUGUCAGCGUACGUCCUCAGCUCUGCAAACUGGGACGCAGUUGGACACGCAUCAGUGUGGAACGAGAGGAGUCGGGCUGUAACCGGGCAACACAGCGAGGAGUCGGCAUGUGUUUUCCACAGACGCAAGGACAACCCGUCAGUUUUGAUUUGCCAAGUGACCUGCUACCUUGCAGAAGACCAGCUGUUUCAAUGGACAGAAAAGGUGUUUGAAUGUCUGCAGCACAGAGAGCUGAAUGUGAUGGUGCUGUCAGACGGAUCGGUGGCUGAUUACAAGACAGCCGACUAUCUGUGCAGCAGCUCGGCUCCUUUCCUGCGUUCUCUCCACACCGGUGCUUUCAGUGAUCGGCCUGUCUGCCAGCCGCUGGAGCAGCCCAACAUCAUUACUGGACUUCCAGCUGCAGUCCUGAACCACUGCCAGGUCCACCGCGUCGCCGCCGUUGUUUACCAGUGUUACAGUGAUGUCAUCGGCCCCGACUCUGUCACCAUGGAGACCUAUAAGCUUGCGCUAACCAGGCUUGGCAGGUCCAUACAGUUGUAUCCGUCUCCCAGCACAGACGUCCUCCGCAAGUUUGCCAGAACCACCGACAUCCAGAGUAAUCUUUACAUCUAAAUCUAUCCAUGUUUCACUCUAUUUUCAUGUGGUAAAUGUUGUCAUUUUCUAAAUAAAGAUAAUAAAAUGUCAUCAUAAUGA